CCCAUUAACACGACGUUUACUCCCACUGAAAAAAUCACCCCUUUUUAUUUUUUAUUACCACAAAAAUCACUUAUUUCCCUCUCGCUACAUUUUCCGAUCGCCGAUCAGACGGCGCCUCCAAUUCCUCCCCGGAACCGGAUCCACUCUCCGACCCGGAUCCGUAAACCCCAUCAGCCCGCUUCCCCCCCACUGUCCGAUUCUCUAUAGCACAAAGCCCUAACCUUUCUCAUGUGUAUGUGCGUGCGUUUAAAAAUAUGGGGUCUCUGUAUUUGUGUUGCUACAGUAAGAUUCACUAGUAGCUCAUCUUGAUUUUUGCCGUUGCUCGAGCUCCCAAGUACACGUGGCGAUCUGGGUCGCCUUCACCUCCAUUUUGCUGCUCAGACUUCAACACAUGAAAAUGAUGUUAGAUCCAAGAAUUGGGCUUUGGCACAGUUAAUUAUGUUGGGCUGGCCGUAGCUUUUGUUUCAAGGGUUUGGUUUUGAAGUGAUUUUAGUUCCUACAUGGAAGCAAACGUAGAGGAGGCUCUUAAGGCGAAAGUGAUAGCUGAGAAGCGAUUUGCAGAGAAAGACUUUGCAGGUGCGAAGAAUUAUGCCUUAAAGGCUAAAACACUGUGUCCUGGACUGGACGGCAUAUCCCAAAUGGUGACGACAUUUGAAGUUUACAUUGCUUCUGAGGCUAAAUGCAAUGGUGAAUUGGAUUAUUAUUCUAUUCUUGGGUUGAAACCUUUUGCUGAUAAAGAUGCAGUUAAGAAACAGUACAAGAAGAUGGCAGUAUUGCUCCACCCUGAUAAGAACAAAUGUGUGGGAGCUGAUGGGGCAUUCAGACUUGUUUCUGAAGCAUGGACGCUACUGUCUGAUCGAUCUAAGAGAAGCUCUUAUGAUCUCAAGAGAAACAAGCAAUUAUCAUCUGUGGUUAACCAGACAAACAUAUCUUCAAUUCAUGCUACAGGGGUUACAGGUUUCAACAAUUGUUCCAAUUCCCUGAAUUCUCAUGGAAGAACUGACACUUUCUGGACAGUUUGCACCUCUUGUAAAGUUCAGUACGAGUAUCUGCGGAAGUAUGUGAAUAAGAGACUUUCUUGUAAGAACUGUCGUGGUAUUUUCAUUGCUGUGGAAACUGGGACAGCCCCAGCAAAUGGUUCUUUCCCUUAUAGUCCUUGGUCACAUGUGCCUGGUAAUGGGUAUGGAAGUCAUGGGUUUGAUAGAGUGACAUAUAUCCCGGGCAAUGCUACCUUUGUUCCAGGAAAUGGGGUGUCAGGAUUUCACUCUGGGCAUGGAUAUGAAUAUGUUUCAAAUGUGUCCUUCCAGUGGAGCUCUUUCUCUGGAACUUCUUCUGGAACGGUGGGUCCUAUUGGACCAUCCACCAUAUCCACUGAUGUCUACCAGGCUAAUGGAAAUGUUAGUAGGGCAAGACCAAAGGCUAAAUCAGGAGCCGACAGAAAACAUGCAUUGGAAAAGGCUGUUGCUAAAAUAGACUCACCAGGUGGCUGCAAUGAACUUCCAGGAUCUAAGGCUGGUAGAGCUGAAAAGAAAAGGAAGGUGUAUGUGGGAACCAGUUUUAGAAAUGGGUACGAAGACGAGGGACUAAAAUCUGCUUCAGAAGCAAGAUUGGCUGAUGGGAAUGCUAGUAAUGGACAUGAUCCCAAGCUUAACAAUCCAACUGAACUUCCAACUAGGCGUUCCUCUAUUGCACCUGCAUUUGAUGCUAGAAAGUUGUUGAUCGAAAAGGCAAGGACAGAAAUUCAGAAGAAAUUGAAAGAGAUGAAGUUGGUGGCAGAGGCAGCUGCUGCAGUUAAGGAGAACGCAAGAGCACAGACACAACUUGAUCAAUGCGAAGGGACUGGAGAUGCACCUAAAAUAGCUGAUUUAGGCCAUUCUGCUCAGCAGUUAGAGCUGAAGAAAACCAGGCCAAUCUCAAUAACAGUCCCCGACCCUGACUUCCACGAUUUUGACAAAGAUAGAUCAGAGGAAUGCUUCAAGCCUAAACAAAUAUGGGCUUUAUACGAUGAAGAGGAUGGUAUGCCUCGCUUGUACUGUCUGAUCCGUGAGGUCAUCUCAGUUGAACCAUUUAAGAUUCAUAUUACUUACUUGAACUCUAAAACUGAUAGUGAGUUUGGGUUAGUGAACUGGCUGGAUUGUGGGUUUACAAAGUCUUGUGGAAAUUUUAGAGCGUCCAACUCAGAUGUUGUUGACCAAGUUAACGUUUUCUCUCAUAUUCUUAGCCGGGAGAAAGCUGGUAGGGGAGGUUGCGUACGGAUAUACCCCAGAAGCGGAGAUAUUUGGGCUGUUUAUCGGAACUGGUCACCACACUGGAAUAGAUCAACCCCAGAUGAAGUGAGGCACCAAUAUGAAAUGGUGGAGGUUCUUGAUGAUUACUCUGAAGAGCUUGGUGUUUGCGUAACUCCCCUUGUGAAAUUGGCUGGAUUCAAGACGGUAUACGGAAGAAAUUCGGACAAAAGUGCCAUUCGAUGGAUUCCAAGAAGAGAGAUGGUACGCUUUUCACACCAGGUGCCAUUUUGUCCGCUUAAGGAAGAUGGUAAUAAUUUGCCAGGUAAGUGUUGGGAUCUGGACCCGGCUGCAACUCCAGACGAGCUGCUUCAUGCUGCGACAGCUACUGGAGCAAAUGCAUAACGUACCAGUCAAGGAGGAAAGGAAGAUCAGUUUGGAGUUCAUUUUAGCAUUCUUUAGACAAAAUUUAGAUUUAACUGUACAAAUAUGUCUCUCACACAUGGUUAGAGGCCAAUGCAACAUUAACCCCAGAUGGUUUUAGGGGGUGCAGUGUUUUACGGAGUGAAACGUGUGUCAAGAAUAUUGUUAAUUCUAAUGACUGUUGUCUACAAAAAUUUAUUGUCAAUGGACAAUAAUAGCUGUAACA